UCUUCUGAGCCCCUCCCAUCCCUCCCUUUUCUCCUUUCCCCCUUUCCUCCUUCUCUCCCUUUCUCUCAUUUUUUUUCUCUCAUGGUCCCACAGACACACACUCACUGUCAGUCUCAUCUUUUUCUCUUUUAACUCCCUGGUUGUUGUGCGUCCUUGUUCCUCCGCGUGCUCUCUCUCUCUCUCUGUGUAUAACUGUUUAUACUCUGGCCUUCCUCCCUCCAUCUCUCAUUUCUUCCUGACUUUCUCCUCUCUCCCCUCUCAUUCUUUCCCCUGUGCUGUUUCUCAAGUGCACGCUCUCUCACCUCUUGCUCUCUUUUUGCCCUUUUCUUUCUCAUCCCAGCCCUCGGGCUCGGUGGCCACUGCCCUCACCCCCUGCCCCUCGCUCUGUGAGAAACCUCUGAGCAGUGCCCAGGGUCCGGGUGACCCAACUCGGGGCUGGCUGUGCUAUCCAGUGGAGAGGCCCUGGGGCAUUUCCUCCCAGGGGUGACUUGGCAGUGGCUAACUCUGUUUCCUCACUUCUGCAAUUUCCAGACAGCACAGAGGCUGGGUCUGCAAACGGAGACACUUAGAUCUCACAGCUGCAGCCACUGCUCCCGGUCCAGAAUGGUGUGUGAGCUGCUGGAGGGCAGACACUGGGUCUGUUCUCCCAGGCCUCAGUGCUCUGCCUAGGGCCUGGAGCAGUGAGCCCUUGCCCAGUAAAUACAUGAAUGAGUGACCCAGUGGGCACGGGCAGGAUCCUGUGACCAGCUGCCUCUUCCAGCCCAAAUAGUGAUGGAGUCAAACGAUUCCUCUCGUGUGGACUCUGAGUUCCGAUACACGCUCUUCCCGAUUGUUUAUAGCAUCAUCUUUGUGAUGGGGAUCAUUGCCAACAGCUAUGUGCUGUGGGUCUUUGGCUGCCUGUACCCUUCCAAGAAACUCAAUGAGAUAAAGAUCUUCAUGGUGAACCUCACCAUAGCCGACCUGCUCUUCUUGGUCACCCUGCCCCUGUGGAUCAUCUACUACCAUAAUGAGGGCAACUGGAUUCUCCCGGAAUUCCUGUGCAACCUGGCUGGCUGCUUCUUCUUCAUCAACACCUACUGCUCAGUGGCCUUUUUGGCCGUCAUCACUUACAACCGCUACCAGGCGGUGACGCAGCCCAUCAAGACUGCUCAGGCCACCACCCGCAUGCGUGGCAUCUCCCUGUCCCUCGUCAUCUGGGUGGCCAUUGUGGCAGCUGCAUCCUACUUCUUCGUCCUGGAUUCCACCAACACGGUGCCCAACAAGAGUGGCACAGACAACAUCACACGCUGCUUUGAGCAUUAUGAGAAGGGCAGCGUGCCAGUUCUCAUCAUUCACAUCUUCCUCGUGGUCUGCUUCUUCCUUGUCUUCCUCCUUAUCCUCUUCUGCAACCUGGUCAUAAUCCGCACGCUGCUCACGCAGCCGGUGCAGCCGCAGCGUAAAGCAGAAGUCAAGCGCCGGGCGCUGUGGAUGGUCUGCACGGUCUUGGCUGUGUUCAUCAUCUGCUUUGUGCCUCAUCACCUCGUGCAGCUGCCCUGGACGCUGGCCGAGCUGGGCUUCCGGAGCAGCAACUUCCACCAGGCUAUUAACGAUGCGCAUCAAGUCACUCUCUGCCUCCUUAGCACCAACUGUGUCUUAGACCCCAUCAUCUACUGUUUUCUCACCAAGAAGUUCCGCAAGCACCUCACUGAGAAGUUCUACAGCAUUCGAAGCAGCAAAAAAUGCUCCCGGGUCACCACAGAGACGGGCACCGAAGUGGUCAUGCCACUCAACCAGAUCCCUGUCAUGUCCCUCAAAAAUUAGUCCCUGAUUGUUGGGGUCAGGCCCAGAGGCUUAUCCUCCAAGGACAUUACAGACUAACCUGGUGUAAGUAGGGUGGUCUGGGUACUUCCUCUCUGGGCGCUGGUGGCCCAUUAGGUAUGGAGUCUACCUCACCAAGGUGGGGAUGGUGGUGGAACCAGACUGCUGGGAAAUCCAAAACUUGAUUUCUGAGCACAUGCCACAAUAACCAGGAGUGCCUGAGUUUGAAAGCUCUGGAAAGAGUGUCGAGGCCAGGGGCAGACCUUGGGGGCAGACUCUGAACCACCCAGUACACCAGCCAGGGCAGCAGCCCCAAGCAAGUGUGGCCUGAAGUUUUGGGCAACCACUCCCUUUAUCACUAUAAGGGCAGAGAAAGGCAUUUGGAGAAUGGGACACUCUCCUGGCUGUGUGGCAGCAAACUUUUGAGCCUCGCCUCGGACCUCGGUCAGCUCUGGGAAAGUGGGAGAGACACACUGCCACACUGUCUGUCUGUCCCAACAAUGAACCCUGGUGAAGUAUCUCCUUCUGGCAGCCACCUGCUGUGGGCAGGCAGAGCCCCCUCAAAGGCAAACUGAGGCUGUCCAGGGCACCCGGAUGUCAAAGUCUCCAUGGAAAAGGGCACGUAGGCUGAGAAGUGCCUUUGUGCCUGUGAGGCCUCCAGAGAGGAAGGAGCCUGCCAGGUCUCCUCCCCUGCCCCGUCUUCGGGGCGGUCCCUCCUAACACAGCUUCCAGGAGGUGACAGGAGCAGUGACAGUCCCAAGGGCCUGCAGGCACUUUGCUUUCUGGGUGCAGAAGGGAGGUAUCAGCUUCUCUUGCGAUCUCUAGCUGCCUGCUUGGGAUUUCGGCGAAUGCAUGCAAAUGAGCCUGCUCCGGCACCCUGAGCACUGAGGUGUGCAGCUGGCAGCCACCGGCCCAGGCUGCGAGGAGACUUCCCUGGCUCCCAGAGCCCCGUGGAGCAGCUCAUAAAUCUUCCUCCCUUCCAGCCAGUGUCCCCAUAAAGUUGGGAUCCUUGUUUCCUGUCUACUGGGUGGAUUUUGAUAAGUGCCUCCCAGUGGGCUGGUAACCUGCUUGGAUGGUAGCUGUGGGCUUGACUCAGGCGAUGGUGCCUAGGUGGACCGUGCAGCAUGCUCGAGCUUUGGUAUCUCACAGACCCGAGGUUCAGGUCUUGGCCAUGUCACUUCCUCCUGGUGGACUGUGAGCUGAAUUUCCUACCUCAUAGGGUUGCUAUGAGCUCCACAUGCUGAGGCUGGUAUCUUUUGGUCAGGGUGACUGCUCAUCCCAGGUUCUUCCUUCUGCUGAGACUCUGUUCCCAUUCACCCUCUGAUAGGAGCUGAAGGGGUGAGAGGUGAGCAUCUGGCUCUAGUUGGGCCAGUCAGUUCUCUCUCUCAGGAAUAAGCAGGAUGUGCAGGGAUACUACUUCAGGUUCUGUGGGUCACUUACCUGGGGACAUCUAAACUCGAACUGUGAGUAUGUGUGUCUACACGUGUGUGUGUGUCUAUGUGUGGAAGGUAGUGGGUGAUGGUAACUUGCCCCCUUGCUUCUCCCAGAACACACAGGGCCCCAAAACACAGGGCCCCAUGGGGAAGGGAUGAGCGUUUUAGGUUGUAGUCCAUGCAACAACCCUGCUGAUCUCCUCACCACUCUGAAUACAGCCACCCUUAUGCCCUCUGUGACCUCUGCCUGGUUGUGAGUGUCUCAGAUGCUUUCUCUUCUUUUUGACCUAGCCCAGAACACCUCCUACAGGCAGCCUUCUUGAAUUCUUCCAGAGAGAGCAAUUGGUUUUGUCCUAGCAGUAUUUUAGGGCUGGGAGGGUCCAACUAUUUAAUACCUUAAUUACUAUGGUCAUUGAGUUUAUCCAUUUAAUUGUCUGUCUUCCCUAUCCUAGGGGGAGGUGCUCAUCUUAGUCAUCUGUGUAUUCACAGUUUCUCACACGAGGCCUGGAAUUGAGAUCUGUCUGUCUCCAAAGCUUACUGCUUCCCCUUGGAGGUGGGAUAAACAGACUAUUGACAUAUACAUGCAUUAAUUUUGAAAGGGCUUAAGGAGUCUUGACCCCUUGUAUUAAGGAAUUUAAUACAUGUUUUUCCAAAGUUCAUGUCCAUAUUUUAGGAAGAUGUCAGAUUUUUAGAGGAUCAGAACAUUUUGGAGCUGGGAAAGUCUGAUCCCUUCAUCUUGCUAAAGGGGACAUGGGAUUCUGAGGGGCUAAGUGCUGGUGGAAAUGACACCACAUGGAGCUUCGGUGAACAAGGAGCUGGCUGCUCACCUGUGUCUCUCCGCUCUUACAGUGGUGCCAGGAUUAUGCAAAAAGCUGAGCUGUAAAUCUUUCCAUGAACCAUCACCAGUCAGGAUUUCCAAGCCCUCUCACACAUCAGGAAGGCCUCAGCUUGCACUUGCCUCUGAUCUCAGGCUUCACAAGCCAGUGAUCUCACUUGGAGAAUGAAUGUAGGUGCAGGCAACGUGGGGCCCCUCCUCAUCAAGAUAAGUCACAGGCACAGAGCCAUAAAUGUAGUUCACUACUGACUAGAACUGCACAUUUAUGCUUGGUUUUUUUUAAUUGACAUGCAUACAAUAAAAUGCACAAAUCUUAGUGUACAGCUCAAUGAGUUUUGACAUGUGUAUACCCUCAUGUAACUGUCACCCAGAUCAAGAUAUCUAACAUUCUCACUAAUUUUUCCCCCUUUACCUAUUUCACCCAUCCCCCCACUUCCCUCCCCUAUGGCAAGUACCAGUUUGUUCUCUGUGUUUAUGAGUCCAUUACUGUUUUGUUUGUUUUUUCGAUUCCCUGUAUAAGUGAAAUCAUAUGGUAUUUGUCUUUCUCUGUCUGACUUAUUUCACUUAGUAUAAUGCCCUCUAGGCCCAUCAGUGUUGCCACAAAUGACACGAUCUAAUUCUUUUUUAUGGCUGAGUAACAUCCCAUUGUAUAUGCUAUAUGCCACGUCUUCUUUACCCAUUCAUCUAUUGAUGGACGGUUAGGUUAUGUUUAUGCUUGUUUUUACUCAUUAUUUUAUACAUGUCCUUGAGAUCUGAAACCACAACAGAUAUAAUAAACUCUCUUGUAAAACACCUGGUUUUGUGCAGACUUAGUAUUUCUGUAAUAUAAAUCAUGUUCCCCUUGACAUCCUCCAGCAAGCCAUCUUCUGCCUACUCAGUAAUCCAUCCAUAUAUCCAUCCAUCCAGGAAUCCAACAAACAUUUAUGGGUACCUAUUUUUUAACUAUGUUAAGUAGGUUUUUUCAUUGUCUCACUGAAAUCUCACUCUCCCCCUGAAAGGUACAUGAUUUUAUUCCCACAAAAUGAAUUAAAAUAAAUAAGGACUGAAUAAGCAAUGGCUGACUCCUAGAUACUUGGUGCAGAAGAAAAGGGGCCUAAUUUUGUUGAGCCCCAGAUAUUUGCUUGCCACCUUCACAGAUCAUAUCUCACUGUCCUCAAAAACCACUGUACAGAAUUGAUAUUUUCAUGUACAUUUUAUAGAUGGGGAAAUUGAAGCUCAGAGGGGUUCAGUGAUUUGUAAGGGUAAAAGCUAGUAAGUGGUGGAAUUAUAUUCAAAUCCAGAUCUGCCUUAGUAAAUGUGGGUCCCUUCCUUUCAUUCCUCCCCCCAUGUGGCUGCACCCUUGCCUACUAGGCACUGUCCUAACAUUGGGUAGGGGUCUCUUAAGGGGAAUGGCAGCUGGCAAGGGCCUCCGCCUUGCUGUUUCUGGCUUCUUUGAGGGCUCUUGUGCUCCCUAUGCAGGCUGGAGCCCCAGCAGCAAUGACUUUUUUCCGGCUGAGGCUCCUGUGGUCAGUCAGGGAGGGCGCUCCUGCAGGUGGAUGGGGUACAUGAAUGCAGUAUUUCAAAGAACUUCUAAAGCCAGAGUGUCACUGUCAUGAAGUUUGAAGAUGUGUUAUGUGGUCACCUGGAUCCUGACAGCUCUCUAAGAGCAGGGAAAGGGGGGGAACACUCAACAGCUGCUGACUACUCCCUGCGUGCCAGGCACUGUGAGGGGAACUUUACAUCAUUGCCUACUGUUAGAACUGCCUCUUCCCUCUGCCUGAAUUACUUUUCCCCCAGACACCCCCAUGGCUCACUCCGUCGCCUCCUUCAGGACUUUGCUCAAAUGUCCCCUUCUCAGUGCUGCUUGCCUUGACGACCUCAUUUACAGAAAUUUAGACAGUGAACUGAUUCCCCAAGGCCACACGGCGACCAGCUGGGGCUGGCUGGCCCCAAAGGCCAUGUGCUUUCCAACCCACCGCACUGACUUCCUCUCUAGACAGCCUUCGUGACACAGGAUGUGAAGGUCCCUAUCUUCUAUCUUUCAGACAAGGAAAACAAUCAAGGAGGGAGAUGACUUGUCUGAGGUCACACAGCAAUAACAUGGUAGACCUGGGAUGCAUCGAUCCUUUUUGUAAUCUUUGUUUUACAGGAUGCUUCUCAUAUGUUUUCCCAUCUGAAUGUGUGUGAUUUUCUUUCAUCACCAUUCUCCACCUAUGGCAAGAAUUUCUCUGGGAUGUAAACCCGGGAGUGAGAUUCCUAGGUCACAGGCUACACUCUACUUCAUUGGAUGAAGAGCUGCCAGAUCACUUCUGGAAUGGCUGCCCCGGUCUAAGCUCCCACCCACAGUUGCGUGAGAGUUUCUAUUUCCCUAAAUCCCCAAGCACACUGGGCAUUGUUCAAUUUUUAAAUCGCUGGUAGAUGUGCAGUAAAAUCUUGUUUUAAGUUUGAAUUUCUUUUGGAUUCUAAUGGGCUUGUAAUCAUACACUCAUUUGUCAUUUGAGUUCGAAUUCAGAUAAUUCCAGCUCCAAAGCCUGCAGUAUCACAAAGUGAUCAAUAAAGUGGCCUCUGGGGCCACAUUGCCAGGGUUCAAUUUUUAGCUCUGCCCAGUCUGUGAUUUAACCUCCUCGGGCCUCUGUUUCUUCAUCUGUGAAAUGGGAAUAACUUUGCUGUUGACAUAAUAGGAUAGUUUUGAGGAUUUAAAAUUGCUCAGAACAGUGCCUGGGAUGGAAUAAGUAUUUAUUACGUGUUGUGUCCUUUCUGAAUAAAUGGUGUCAUUCUCCACACAGCCUCCCUUUUCACUUUAGCCUGCAACCCUAUUUACCCUGCUCUUUAUCAUGUUGUGUGUUCAUAUUGUAUAACACUGAAUUUUCCUUAGAAAUGUCAAACUAUAAAAGAGAGAAACAGAG